CGAGGCAGUGACUAACAAUUGACCUGUGACCCGUAGGCUAUUUAAAUAUAGAGAGGCUGUACUGACUGUAUUUCCAUUUUCAGCUUUUUGGUGGACAAAAUGAAGGUGUUCCUGAUAUGUGCGUUUGUCAUUGCAGUAGUUGGUGUAGUCACGUCAGCACCACCAAGCAAGGCUAAGUUUUGCUGUUUCCCCGACAAGUAUGAAGCAUCAGUGGGCGAAGUUGAUGGCUAUGCUCUACCGAAUGGGAAAGGAGGGGUUGCAAACAGCUAUUCAAAUAUCGCUGUAGAUGCUAAAAAUGAACUGGCUGCUACCGAAUUGACACAGAUCUACAACGGCACAACGACCAAGUUGAAGAUCAUCAUAAACUACAAGGAGAAAGUGAGUUACGUCAUCGUUGGAGAAACAUGCAAAAAGGCUGUUAUGAAUGUGCCACAGUUUAAAUGUGUUCCGGACAAUGCUCAAGAUGGAGGGACUUUUUACUUUGGUGACAAGGGGUUGGAUAUGAACGUUUACACUUUCCCAUUCAAUCCGACGGGAAUAUUUGAUGGCAACGUAUCAUUGACUGUCACCCGUGCCAAUUGCAUCCCAGUCAGCACAAUUUCGAUUGGGCGGGAUUUGGAGUCCACACUAGCACCAUCCCUGCCAGUGCUAAAGAAUUCUGGUGUAGUCAACUUCACGAGAGGAGUCAAAGAUCCCGAUCAUUGGUUCAAACUUCCAUCCUUCUGCCCAAAAGAAAUAUCUGAGAGGUCAACAAGAUCUGUGGAGGUCAAUCCAGUGUCAGGGUUUUUGCCAUUCACCAACCUCAUGAUGAAGUAUAUGGUUGAGGAGUGACCUGCCAAACAUCAAACAGCCGUAGAAGUCUAAUACAGCUUAACCGACAACAGAGUUAGAACAUAGACUUAAAACUAGCCAUUCAGUUUUAGAUAAUAAAAAAAAAUAAAAAAACAAGGUGUUAGUGAGUGAUGUCAUAAAAUUAAGAAUUAAUUAAUUGGUGACGACAUUACUUUAUAUCAAUCUCAUGACUGGUUCAAGAGUAAACUUCCAAUAUAAAACUUCAACUUCCGGUUUGAACCGGAAGUCAAGAUCUAUUGGGUCACAAUACGUGUAGCGUUUGUUGAUUUCCGAUUCCGAUUCGAACCGUUUUCGUUGCAAAAAUUAAUUGUUUGCUCGUGACAUUAUUUAGUAUCUAAUAAUUUUAUUCAUUUAAAUCAAAAAUGUUUAAUACAUUUAUAUUACCUUUAUUAAGAAGUUGUGUCGCCUAUUAUACAUACUCAGAGCAAUACAUAAAAUAAAACAGUUAUAUUAAUAAUAUUAUUCGUCGAUUUUAAUUGUGUUACAAUAAUUCUUGUUAGUCUAGACCAGAUUUCAAAAAGGGGUCUACUUAAGGGGGUAAGCGGCAUUGUUAAGUAAAAGUCGGUAACGCACCUAUUUUUGGGUUGCUGAUUCCGAAAAUGUUGGAUACCAAGGCUAAUUUUAAGUCCUUGUCCCUGAAAAAAUUCACAUUCAAAACAGCACAGAAAACCUAGCAGACGACAGUAAUUUACACGCAAAAAAUAGUCAGGUUCUGCUGUAGUUCUCUUUAGAGGUUGUCAGGAUUCCAUGCAAGUCGGGUAUCCGGCUAUAGUCAGGCUGUUGUUCCUAAUGCUUUCGGUCUCCACAAGGUAGCCAAUAAAACAAAAUGUGACAUGCAA